AAAUGUCUCCUUCCUGGUUCCGUUUUCCGGACGACUACGUACGUGUUGACGCCACAUGACUUAAGUUUCGUUCCUCUUACGACAGCACAACACUGCAUUCAACAUGGCCGAGUCGGAAGAAAUAAGCAAUUUUCGAUAUCUAAAAGACUUGGAGGACGAGCUCACCUGCAGCAUUUGCCUCUGUCCCUUCCAAGUGCCGGUCACGAUUCCUUGCGGACACAAUUUCUGUCAGGACUGUCUGGUCGCCACCUGGAAGGAGAGUUAUGACUGCCCUCAAUGUCGGGCCCACUUUCCCACCAGGCCAGAGCUCAAGAAGAACACGGUACUCAGUACUGUGGUGGAAACGUUCAAAACCCGCUCCAGUAAGACCGAGUUCGGGCUCGAGAGGAAGGAGGAGGAAGCCGUCAAAAAGCCCAUCGUGAUGUGCGAUACGUGUAUGUCCUCCGAGGCGGACAAGACCUGCCUCACCUGCAUGGCGUCGUUCUGCCUCGAGCACGUUCGGCCCCACCUCGACAACCCCAACUACCGCGCGCACCAGCUCAGAGAGCCGCUCGCGGACAUGAGCGAGCGCGUCUGCCCCGACCACCACAAGCUGAUGGAGUUCUUUUGCGUCCAACACAGCCGCUGUAUCUGCAGCUUCUGCCUGCAGCAGGUCCACAAGGGAUGCGCCUUCUCGACUCCCGAUGAACAAAAGGCUCUGAAAGAGUCUGACUGCAAGUCCAAGUUGGUGUUGCUGGAUUCAAAGAUUGAAAAGACACAGACGACCAUCUCCCAGAUGACGGAGGCACAGAGAAAGUUAAAGGAAUCUGUGAUCAACAGGAAGAAGAUGCUGGAGGCCGAGUACCAGCAGAUCCGAGAGAUGCUGGACAAAGAGGAGCGUGAAGCCAUGAACGCAGUGGACCGCCAGAUGCAGAGUGGGGAGGCCAAGUACACCAACGUCAUAAAGAGGCUCCUCCAGAAUAUCCAGCAGAUGGACACUGCCAAAGACACCGUCAGCGAUGUUCUGAGUCAGUCAGACACCCUGGCCUUUCUGCAGUCUUCAGUAGAGCUGCCUUCAGUGGUUAGUUUCGAGUGCAUCCCACCUCGGGUGACGCUGGACUCGAAGGACGUGAUUGGCGCCCAGACCUUCGUUGUCGUCUUCAGGGAUUUUCUAUGUGAACUGUUGAAACAACCAGUGGAGACCAGAGCAGCGAUGCUCAAACCAGGAGCCGUGCCAAAGGCAUCUUCCAAAAGCUCCAGCCCCGGGCCGUCCCAGGGGGCAAGGCCCUCGGUGGAUCCGUGUUGGUUAUUCGACCUGCCCACGGGUACAGGACCUCAGCCACCCAAGAAGAAACCAAAGGAAAAGAAGGUGAAGGCGGCAGCAUCCAUGGAGAACCUCUUGGAUUUUUCUAAGGGUGCUCAAUCCAAAGGCUGCAAACCUGAACAGAAAUCAACAGAGGAUCCAGAAACUUCUAGCAUCCCGCCCAGCCUUACCUCCUGCGUAUCCAGACACGAUCUUCUCAAAUACGCCACGGUGCUCACCUUUGAUCGGAAGACGGCCCACAGACGGGUGAAGCUGAGCGAGAACCUGACCGAGGCCUCAGUGAUGGACGAGCCAAUGAACUACCCCGACGGCCCUGCACGGUUCUCCGUCUGCUCCCAGGUGCUGACCUCCAAGGGGUUCUCCAGAGGGCGCCACUACUGGGAAGUGAAGAUGAGCAGUAACAACUAUGUGGCCAUAGGGCUGUCUUACAAGAGCAUGGAUCGCAAAGGCCCCUCUAGUCGCUUGGGCCGUAACGACCAGUCCUGGUGCGUGGAGUGGUUGACCCUGAAGCUGUCCGCCUGGCACGCCAACAGCGAGACGGUGCUGGCGAGCCUCAGUUCGAAGCGCGUAGGCGUGCUGGUGGAUUGUGACGAGGGAACGGCCACGUUUUACAGCAUCGCUGGUGCGGUGAAUCCCUUCUACACUUUUAGCAUUCCUUUCGUCCAAGCCGUGUAUCCGGCCUUCUGGAUCUUCUCCAACAGCUCUUCCGUCGCCUUGUGCAAGUUGUCUGGCUGAAAGGCUUUUAUUCAUUGGUUUUCUUGACAUGGAAGUUAAAAUUCAUUGUUCUUGGUUUUUCCCCACUGGAGGAAUUAUUUUUUUGGAACAUGUACCUGGUGUUUGUUUAAUAAUGAUAAUCGUUGAUAAAUGAUGUUCGUUAGAAUUAAUCAAGGUUAUGAGAGCAUCUGUUGGUUAAUUUUAUGAAGCAAAGCGAUGACACAGUUUAUGCAUAUGAAAAUAUUUAUGAGAAUGUUUUCAAUUUCAAUCGACCUCGCGUACAUUCUGUUCGAGAGUAUCAAUGACAAUCACAAGUGGUGGGAGCUUCAACUUUCUUCUCAGGGUUAAUAAGUGUUCAAAUAAUCUUGUGAAUAAAGUUAAAUUAAGUUUCAAAUUUAAA